UCCCCUCCUGCAAUGAGCGGAUCCGGCGGCCACAGAGGACGUGGCUCUUGCGGCGCCGCUGCUGGCCCGCCUCUUCCUGUUCCGCUGCGGGCCGGGGCCUGCCCGCCGGCCCGACUCGGUCCUCAACCCGCGGAGGAUGAGGAGACCCGGCGGAGGCGGUGGCUGAGGAAAGCCUGGCCGGAGAGCCGGCCAUGGAGGAGAAAUUCGGCGGGAACGGCGAGGCCCUGGCCGGAGGCGGGCGGCUGGGGCCGGUGGACGUGCCCAGCGCCAGGAUGACAAAAUAUAUUGUGUUACUGUGCUUAACAAAGAUUUUGAAGGCUUUAGGAUUGUUUGAAUCCUAUGAUCUCCUGAAAGUAGUCCACCUUGUACAGUUUAUCUUCAUAGUAAAGCUUGGGUCUGCAUUUUUUAUGAUUUUGUUUCAAAGACCAUUUUCAUCUGGAAAACCUGUAAGCAAACAUCAGUGGAUCAAAAUAAUUAAACAUGCUGUUGUUGGCUGCAUAAUUUCACUCUUGUGGUUUUUUGGUCUUACCCUCUGUGGACCUCUAAGAACGGUUUUGCUUUUUGAGCACAGUGAUAUUGUUGUAAUUUCACUGCUUAGUGUACUGUUCACAAGUUCAGGAGGAGGACCAGCAAAGACAAGAGGUGUGGCCUUUUUCAUUAUUGCUGUGAUCUGUUUGUUGCUUUUUGAUAAUGAUGACCUCAUGGCUAAAAUAGCAGAACAUCCUGAAGGACACCAUGACAGUGCUCUAACCCACAUACUUUAUACAAUCAUCGCUUUCUUAGGAGUUGCAGAUCACAAGGGUGGAGUAAUUUUGCUUGUAUUUGCAUUGUGUUGUAAAGUUGGUUUUCACACCGCUUCCCGAAAGCUCUCUGUGGACAUUGGUGGGGCCAAACGUCUGCAGGCCUUGUCUCAUCUUGUUUCCGUUCUCCUUUUGUGUCCCUGGAUGGUUGUCUUGUCUCUGACCACAGAGAGUAAAGUAGAAUCCUGGUCUUCUCUCAUCAUGCCCUUCAUAACAGUUAUCUUUUUUGUUGUGGUUUUGGACUUCUACGUAGAAUCUGUAUGUUCCAUUAAGAUGGAGGUCUCCAAGUGUGCCCGCUAUGGAUCCUUUCUCAUUUUCAUUAGUGCUCUGCUAUUUGGCAAUUUUUGGACACAUCCAAUAACAGACCAGCUUCGAGCAAUGAACAAACCAGCACACCAGGAAUCCACAGAGCAUGUUAUUUCUGGAGGCGUGGUAGUCAGUGCCAUUUUCUUUAUUUUAUCUGCCAAUAUCCUCUCCUCCCCAACACGGAGAGGACAGAAGGGCACUCUUAUUGGUUAUUCUCCUGAGGGAAUACCACUGUACAAUUUUAUGGGUGAUGCUUUGCAACAUAGCUCUCAGUCCUUACCUCGGUUUAUUAAAGAAUCACUGAAACAAAUCCUUGAGGAGGCUGACUCAAGGCAGAUCUUCUACUUUCUGUGCCUGAAUAUGGCUUUCACUUUUGUAGAACUCUUUUAUGGUGUGUGGACCAACAGUCUUGGUUUAAUCUCAGAUGGAUUCCACAUGCUUUUUGACUGUUCAGCUUUAGUUAUGGGUCUGUUUGCAGCACUGAUGACUAGAUGGAAAGCUACUCGCAUAUUUUCCUAUGGGUAUGGCCGUGUAGAAAUCCUCUCCGGGUUCAUUAAUGGCCUUUUCCUCAUGGUAAUAGCUUUCUUUGUCUUCAUUGAGUCUGUGGCCAGACUGGUUGAUCCUCCAGAUAUUGAUACAAAUAUGUUGACUCCUGUCUCUAUUGGAGGAUUGAUAGUAAACCUUGUUGGUAUCUGUGCCUUUAGCCAUGCCCACUCCCAUGGGUCUUCUCGAGGAGGAUGCCAUGCACAUGAUCACAGCCAUUCGCACCAUGGACAUGGACACAGCCACGGGCAUGGCCACUCCCACAGUGACUAUGGGCACAGUCAUAAUCAUGGGCACUCGCAUGGAGCAUUAGGAGGUGGCAUGAAUACGAAUAUGAGAGGGGUAUUUCUACAUGUCUUGGCAGACACCCUUGGUAGUGUCGGUGUGAUCAUAUCAACAAUACUGAUUCAGCAGUUUGGAUGGCUGAUAGCUGAUCCCCUCUGCUCUCUCUUUAUUGCUAUAUUGAUUUUUCUCAGCGUUAUCCCACUGAUAAAAGAUGCCUGUCAGGUACUCUUGUUGAGGCUGCCACUAGAGCAUGAGAAAGAUGUGCACAUGGCUUUAGAAAAGAUCCAUAAAAUUGAUGGGGUCAUCUCCUACAGAGAUCCCCAUUUUUGGUGUCACUCUGCUAAUGUUGUGGCAGGCACUAUACAUGUACAAGUGAUGUCAGAUGUGAUGGAACAGAGAAUUAUACAGCAGGUUUCAGCAGUACUUAAAGAUGCUGGAGUUAACAAUUUGACUGUUCAAGUGGAAAAAGAAGCUUAUUUUCAGCAUAUGUCUGGUCUCAGUACAGGAUUUCAAGAUGUCCUUGCUAUGACAAAACAAAUGGAAUCUAUGAAAUACUACAAAGAUGGCACUUACGUUAUGUGAUUUUGAAAUUGCAUCUCGAGGGGGUCAAUAUUUAUAUUUUGUCAGGGGGAUUUGCACAUAACUGUACAGAGACAAAUGUACUAUAUAUUUGGAUUUUUGGAAAACAUUACAUACGUUUAAAACCAGAUCAAGAGGUUUAAAAAGAGCUGGGACUAGUAGAACAUAGGUUGUAUAUGUGGAAAUAAUGGCAAUGUAAGAUACUGUAUUUGGUGUCUAUUAAACAGUUUUGCUACAUGAGUGUUGAUGAGCACAAAUGUAUUGCAAACUCCCCCAAAGAGGAAUAUCAGGCAUUUCUCUUCCUUCUCUAACCUAAAGAAAAUCAGUUUAGGUUGCAACAGAAACCAAUACACUCCAAAAACUAUUUUUUAAAAAUUACUUUGAAGUCUUGCUGGUAUGUGUGUGUGUAUACACAUUAAACAGUGCAAAUAUGUUUUUUGAAGUACAUGAAAUACAAAUGAAUACAGUAUGUACAAUUUUAUAUGUUUUCAGUUUCUGUAUAUAAUCCUAUUUUCUAAGUUUUGUAAAAUAAUGAGGGGAAAUAGAUUCUAUCAUUUAAAAAUAGUUGAACUUAUUUUUAAAGAAAAAAACUGGUAGCCAUGUUACCAAGAAGUCAGGGAAAAACCAAACUACAUAUUUAGUUCUUGCACUCCCAUGUUCCUGUUAGUAGGAAAACUGAAAAACCCAUUGAACCACUAUGUAAAAUAAACAUUUACAAUUUUUUAUACA